AUGGCGUCCUACUCGACCGAUCCCGCGCUGUACAUCUACACGUCGCUGACGGCCGGCUCCUCACACAUUGUCACCGCGACAUCGCGUCUCGAGACAAUUCUGCGGGCCAACCGCGUUCCCUUCAAGGCCAUCGACAUCUCGACCGAUGACAAGGCUCGCAUGCUUUGGGGCCGCCGUGCCGGCAAGGACGAGAACGGCCGGGCGAGGAAGUUUCCUGCGCUGGUGCAAGAGGGGCUUGUUUUAGGGGAUAUUGUCGAAAUCGAAGAGUGGAACGAGUAUGGCGAGCUCAAGCAGCACAUCAAGAUCUACUACGACGAAUUCACCAUCCCCGAUAUCAACCACAAGUACCCUGAGCCGGUCAAGAAGAAGAAGACAGUCAAGAAGUCUGCCGCCGCCGCCGCUGCUGCUGCUGCCGGUGUGGCCUCUGGCGAAGCUGUGCCUGCUGCUGCCACCGAUGCCGCCGUUCCUCCGCCUCCCCCUGGCCCGGUCCCUGAGCCCAAGGUUGGCGGUGGCCCAACCCCAAGGGCCAGCAUAGAUACGGUGCGCUCUGUGCAAUCUGUGCAGUCCGUGCAAUCCAUUGCCGAUGAAGCAGCAAAGAAGGCUAAGGAGCUUCGUCUGAACUCUUUGCGGAAGAAGGUGCACGGAAAGGAGAAGGAGAAGGAAGAACCAGCGGCUGAGCCAAAGGAGGAGCCAAAGGAGAAGACUGAAGUGGCCGAGACGGCCAAGGAGAAGGCAGAGGAACCAGCCAAGGUCGAAGAACAAAAAGCAGAGGAGCCCAAGACCGCAGAGCCAGAGGCCGAGAAGGAGGACGCCGAGAAGCACCAAGACAAGAAGGAAGAGGAGAAGGUUGAAGCUAAGCAAGAUGACAACCUGAAGGAGAAGGCUGCGGAAGAAGAGCACGAAGAGGCCAAGCCCGACGCAAAGGAGGCACAGGACAAAUCUGAUGAACAAGAUGCCAAAUCUGAACACGAGGAACAUGAAGAACUUGAAGAAGUCAAGGAGGAAGAGGAAGAGGAAAGUGACAACGACCACGAUAACGAUAACGACAACGACGAUGUUGAUGAGAAGAAGGAGGCCGAGGAGGAAAAGGAAGAGGAGAAUGAAAAGGCCGAGCCAACCGCAGAGGGAGAAGCCGUCACAUCACAGCCCGCCGCCGAGCCCGCCCCGGACGCCACGGCCAAGACGGACGAGAAAGCCAAGAAGUCGUCCAGCGCCGAAAAGGGCAAAAAAAAAACUUCUUUUUCUUCUUCUGCUUCUAAAGACGCCAAGCCCGGAGACAAGGACAAGGCGAAGCCUGCGCUCAAAACGUCAACGUCAACCCUUUCUUCGUCUGCGAGAAAACCUGCCGCGUCUCCAACCUCGGCCAAGAAGCCCGCCUCCUCUCUAACCUCCUCCCCUUCCACCAGAAAGCCUUCCGCGACGCAGUCCUCUUCGACGAGGAAGAUCUUCUUCAACCACAAGAACGUCUUCAACGGCGAGAUCGACUUCCACAACGAGAACUUCAGCAGCAAGAUCUACUUCCACAACAAGAACUCCCUCCACAGCGAGAUCUACAUCUACGACAAGAACACCGUCUGUCGCAAGAUCAACGUCAACGACAAGAACGCCCUCAGCGGCGAGGUCCACAUCAACAACAAGAGCACCCUCAACGGCAAGGUCCACGUCAACAACAAGAACGUCUUCCGUAGCAAGAUCGUCUUCAGUAGCAGUCAGGUCUUCGUCAACGGCGAGAUCCACGUCAACAACGAGGUCCACAUCAACAGCCAGAUCGUCUUCAACAACGAGAAAGGUUUCUUCUUCCGCCGCAACGCCGUCUUCGCCUUCAGUAACACGAAAACCUACUACUUCUUCCACUCGGUCCUCAUCUACAGCCAGAAAACCAUCAGCAACCUCCUCGUCCGCAACCACAUCCUCAGCCAAGAAACCUUCAUCCUCUGCGACUUCGUUAGCCUCAAGACCGAAAGAGCAGAGCACCAAGGACAAGGAUAA